AUGCGUCUCCGGCUGCUACGCGUCACGUGUCUUGGCGCCGCACUCGCUCUCGUCUCGAGCUCCAGCGCUGUAUACGCAGACACAGAGGCCGCAACUGCCCCCACAGCAGCUUCGAACGUCAAGGCGCGUGAUCAGGACCCGGUGAUCCAAGAGGUCCGCGGGCUCCGCAAUGCCGGGAUGAAGCUCAACGACCUCAAGGACUUUCGAGGAGCUACGGAGAAACUGCGGGGCGCCAUCACGUUGCUGCACCAUCGCGUGUUUGGCGAAGGCCGUCACGACGUGACCGAUGCGCAGGAUACGGCGCAAGACGCUGCGCUGUACUCGCAGGUCCUGAACGACUACGGGUCCAUGUUGAUCCGCGCCGAAGAGUACGACGAAGCCAUUGACGUGCUGGAAGACGCCGUGGCGAUGGUGCAGAAGAUCUAUGGCGACAGUCACCCGUCGCUCGGGCUGUCGCUGCGCAGUCUCGCGGACGCUUACAUGGCCAAGAAGCAGUACCGAAAGGCCAUUAGCAAGUACAAGACGCUUCGGAAACACGUGACACGAGGACUGGGCGUGACGCACGAAGCGUACAUUGAAGCGUCGCUGCGGAUUGCCGAAGGGUACAAGAAACUGGGCAAGAAGAGGACAAACUUGAAGGUGCUGCGGAAUGCCAUGACGGCCCAGGGCAAAGAGAUUAAUGGACUCACGACGGGCAUUGCCGAGCUCUACAUGGAAUUGUCAACGGCGCAUGUGGCAGUGAAUGAGCUUGAUGAAGCGCAGCGAGCAGCAGAGAUGGCGAGCGCGGUCUUUCGGGAGCGCGAUGGCGACGACUCGCUGUCGUAUGCGUUCAGUUUGAACGCGCUGGCUGGUGUCAAGAUGCGGCAGCAAAAGGUGGACGAGGCCAUCAAGUUGCUGGAGCAUGCACACAGGAUCGCAGUUGGCCUCUACGGCGAAGAUGACACGAUUACGAAAGAUAGCGCCAGAACGCUGAAGGAGGUGAAAAAGCACAAGCUGGAUUUGCAGGCGGAAGAGGAUGGGAAAGACGAGCUCUAG